UUGUUUGUCAUCCCAAAAAACCGAACCGAACAAUUUGACUCAUUUUAUUUUUUAUUUUCCACACAAUUUACUAUCUAUUUAAUUAAAUAUUGUGCAAAAUGUACGCCGAUAUAAUGAACCCGCAAGCAGGACCCGAAUGGGUCACGUCAGAACACAGCACUGGUACUUCUAUUAUGGCUGCAGAAUUCGAUGGGGGUGUUGUGAUAGGUGCUGAUUCCCGGACAACAACGGGGGCUUAUAUUGCUAAUCGAGUCACUGACAAGUUGACAAGGAUCACUGAUCAUAUCUAUUGCUGUCGAUCUGGUUCUGCGGCUGAUACUCAAGCCAUUUCGGAUAUUGUUGCGUACCAUUUAGGAUUUCACAGUAUGGAAUUAGGAGAGAAGCCUCUUGUAAAAGCAGGUGCAUCCGUCUUCAAAGAGCUGUGUUAUAACUACAGAGAUUCUUUAACUGCCGGAAUACUAGUAGCUGGUUGGGAUCAUAGGAAAGGGGGCCAAGUUUAUUCUGUACCGAUUGGUGGUAUGUGCGUUAGGCAAAAGUGUUCGAUUGGAGGCUCUGGUAGCUCUUAUGUUUAUGGUUUCGUGGAUGCUAAUUAUAGAGAAGGCAUGAGCCAGGAGGAGUGUGUUGAAUUUGUCAUUAAAA